AGACUUUACACCUCCACGAAUCUUCAAGCUGAAGCCAUGAAUGCUGCAACAUCCCAGCAACAAGGACCCAUCUCAAGCCAAAAGGAUGCAAAAUGUGAUGACCACCCCCAAGACUGGAGUGAGAAUGGCCCAGAGCACCCCAGGCACCUGAUUCCUGCACUCCUCCGACAGUUUUAUCACCUGGGAUGGGUCGCUGGCACUGGAGGGGCAUUCAGCAUUAGGCUUGGAGAUGAAAUCUACAUUGCACCAUCAGGGGUCCAGAAGGAACGCAUACAGCCUGAUGACAUGUUUGUGUGUAAUAUGGAUGGAGAGGACAUCUCCUGCCCUCCCCCUAGCAAGAACCUGAAGAAGAGCCAGUGUACCCCGCUGUUUAUGAAUGUCUACACAAUGAGAGGUGCAGGAGCAGUGAUCCACACCCACUCCAAGGCUGCUGUCAUGGUAACACUGUUGAACCCUGGGAAGGAGUUCCGAAUCACCCAUCAGCAGAUGAUCAAGGGCAUUAGAAGGGGAAAGUCAGGAGGGAACUACAGGUACUUUGAUGAGCUGGUUGUACCUAUUAUGGAGAACGCACCUGAAGAAAAUGAUCUUAAGGACCGUAUGGUACGUGCCAUGGAGGAGUACCCAGAAUCCUGUGCGGUGUUGGUGCGGAGACACGGGGUGUACGUGUGGGGAGACACGUGGGAGAAGGCAAAGAGCAUGUGUGAAUGUUAUGACUACCUGUUUGACGUUGCUGUACAGAUGAAACAGUUUGGCCUGGACCCUGCCCAAAAGCCUGACCCUGCUGUGGAGAAAGGCAUUGUUUGAACCACAGGAUACAUACAUGGACUUCCACUCUAUCAUAUUGGCAAGAUUGAUGUGCAAGAUAACUGUUUAAUGUGGAAAUUUUCACAGAGGUUUGAAUGUUACAUCUGUAGUGCUUAAUCUUUGAUAAAAACAUUCCCUCGAAAACAUAUUAUGUCUUUCAGAACACAUGCAUCCAUAAUCACCCAGGGGUAUUCAAGUGUCUUUAAAUUCAACCUCAUUGUAGAUGAUAUCACAGUGAGUUAGUUGGUAUGACAAAAAUGACAUUGAUAACACUGUCUUCUACAUUACCAUAAUGAGGCAAUAAAUUACAUGUGUAUACAAACUGCAGUUCACUGCGAUUGGCCCAUUCACAAGCAAGAGUUAUUUCUAUGCCUAAAACAAAACUUAUCCCAGGAACAGAACACAAUACACCCAUAACCAAGCAUACCUGUCCUUGGUGCUGAACACCAUACACCCAUAACUGAGCAUACCUGUCAUUGGUGCUGAACACCAUGCACCCAUAACCAAGCACACUUGUCCU